CCUCCUCCAUUCCGCCACCAGCCUCCUCCAUUCCGCCACCAGCCUCCUCCAUUCCGCCACCAGCCUCCUCCAUUCCGCUACCAGCAUCCUCCAUUCCGUCACCAGCCUCUUAACCAGCCUCCUCCAAUUCCGCUACCAGCAUCCUCCAUUCCGUCACCAGCCUCUUAACCAGCCUCCUCCAAUCCCAACUCUUGAUUU